AUGCCUAAAGUUUACAACAAAGGCCUGCACGAAGGCAUACCGUACCAUACUGUUCGCUUCGGCGAAGAACCCGGAUGCUACCAAUUACAUAGACCGUCGCAAUGUCGCCUCAAGUUCCCGAUCACCAAACGGCCUAUUCACAAAUGCGAGACUUUGAACAAGGAGAUCAUUAUGAUCCCGCAAACGGGAAACUUCAGAAAUCUGCUCGUCCCAAAGAAGAAACCCAACUUUUACCCAGCCAUCAUGCACAAGAACGAAUAUGACAGGCUAAGGAAGCAAGCCAAGAUCAUUCCUCAAGAAGAACAGUUAGCAGCGAUGCACGCUCAAGAGGCAGCCAUACAGAAAGCCGCCAAAGAGUCUGAGGCCAGGAAACAGCAGCUGAAGAAGAAUCUGAAACCCCAACCAGGAGCUGAAGCUGCCACCGGUACUGCAGACCCUGAGCUUGAAGGCCCAGACCAGGCUGCCCAUACUUUGUCAAGAGCCGAGAUGCUGCGAGCUGACUGUAUGCAGGGUCCUCGUCUCUGCAACCGCAUCAUCCUGGCUUCCAAGUGCCACGCCAUCAGAGAUGCACAGAUCACUGAGAAAGAGCUCAUCAAGAAGGAGCUUGACGAUGAACAAAAGAGAUUGGACGCCAUAAUGGAGGAAAACCGUCAAAGCGCAGUGAAAAGGGCGCAAGAAGAAGAAGACCGUCGUCAUCGACUGCGGCUGCAAAACCUCGCCGCGCUCAAAGAGCAGAUCCAAGCACAUGAGACUGCUAAGAUAAUGGAAGCUGAACGCAUAGAAGAGGAGAGUAUCAGAGUAAACCAGGCUAACAUCGCGAUGCAGAUAGAUGAGGCACAGAAACUGAAGGAGAAACAAUACAGGCAGCAUAAAUUGAAAGAAAUGCUCGAUCAGGGCAACGCGGAGCUGCUCUAUUACAAACAGCUGCAGAAUGAGGAAGAAAGAAUAAUGGACUUGCGAAUUGCGAACUUCUUAAAACAGAAACAAGAGCGUGAAUCGAAGAACAAGGCUGAAGCGGAGGCCAUUAAAGCGGCCAAACAGAAGGGUAUUGACCAUAUUUCAAAGGCUCAGAAGGCUGAACAAGAGCUGAAAGAAGAAUUGGAGCGCAUUCGCAACUUGAAGAUACAAGAGGAUGUGGAGCGAGAAUACCGCCGCAAGGAGAGGGAUGCGGCCAUCAAGAGGAACAAGGAGAUGAAACAGCUGCACGAAGCUAGGAUACAACAGAUUAACGACAUCCACCGUCUCAUCGCCCGUGAAAUAGCAAAAGACGAGCAGAGCUUCAACAAUGCAGCGCGGCAGAAUGAAGAGUUCAUACAGAAGGAGAAGGAGUUGGAUGAUAAACGCAAGGCUCAAAUUGAACGACAUCGUCAAGCCAUCAUGAAACAGAUCAACGACAAGGAACGUGCCAGGGCUGACUUGCGCGAGAAGAUCCACAACGAGGGCGUGGCGCUCCGCAUGGAACAAGAACAGCAGGAGAAGUACGAGAGAGCCGUCAUUAAGGAGAAGAACCAAACCAAACCUCUUUCGAAAGAAGAGACGAAAGGACUGCUCUCCUUAAUUGAGGGUAGCAAGAUUAUAAAUAAUAAAAGAACAAACGCCACAAGCAAUAAAAUAAAGGUCGAAGAAUGGACACGGAUUGCCGGUGUUUUCAACGCAAACAUUGGUUGUAUUAAACGGAAACUUGUGAAGCCAGAUAAUGGGUCUCAGGCUCGAAAUAUUGCAUUAGCUGAAUAUUAUAGUGUUAAGAAAAAAUUGUUAGACAGUGUUUUGGUGGCUGCGAUGCGCAACCAGAAGGUGGCCGAGAAGUAUGUCAAAGAAGUGGAACAAACGCUCACCAAGCACGGAUAUGUUCAGUAG